AUGCGACCACUAAAUAUAUUCGCUAUUCUGGCGGUGUUGUCCGCCGAGGUGCUUUCGUCAGCAGUCGCGCAAGCGGGCACUCCAUCACCACCAAUCACAUCCACACCAACAUGUGAACAUACUAUCUUCAAGGAGCCCUCAUUUGAGGCGACUUGUACAAAUUACGGCAAGACAGUGACCUCCACAUCAUACACUGAUUGCGACUUCGGCUGCACGCUGGUCACGAAGAAACUCGGACUCGGAACUCCGUGCCAAACUGUUGUAUACAAUCGAGGUCGUAUUGCGACGACUGUGACGAGCUGCAGGCCACCGCCAACGACAACCAAGACUGUAACCGAGUACUACACGCUUACCAUGAGUACAGGCUUGUAG